UCAACAGUCAUAUUUUCAAAUGCCGCUCACAACCGCUUGUCCGCAGGAAGAAGCUCCUAUUGCUUCAGUCGAUGAAAAGCCCAAUGCUUCAAUAGAAUCUGACACUGCUUACGAAGAGGAUAACCCGCCGAUGCUCCAGUCCUGGAUAGUGCUGAUGGCCGGGUUCAUCGUGCACAUGUUUUCGUUCGGCAUCGUCAGCAGCUACGGCGUCUACCAAGUUGAGUAUCUGCAUCCAUGUUCGUCCUGGAUUGGAACCAUGAUGUUCUUUGGAAACGCGUUUUUCGGACUAUUCGCCAGUAUGGCGUGCGAGAGGUUCGAUGCACGGUACAUCAGCAUGGGCGGCAUCCUGGUUAUUGCCAUGUCGCUAAUCGCAGCCUCGUUCUGCAUAACCCCGUGGGCGCUGCUUCUGACGCAAGGGAGUGCAUGGCUGGUGAGCCUGGGACGGCCGUGGGCGAUGCGCAUCACUGGGUUCAUUAUCCUGGGCGCCGGCAUGCCGGCCAGCUGGCUGCUGAAGCCGCGCACGAGAAUAGUGCGCCAAGGCAAGCUGCUUGACUUUUCGCUGCUGCGUGAUAUCCGCUAUGUGCUGCUGCUCAUUGGCAGCUCGCUGUCGAUGGCCAGUGUGUUCACACCGUAUUUCUACAUGUCGUCAUAUAGCGUGGUCGUUCUUGGCAUGAGCCAGGACUUUAGCACAAAGCUGCAGAUGCUGCUUAACCUGACAUCUUUGAUUUCCCGGGUUGUCAUUGAUCUGGUUUCGCACCGAGUAGGAGCUCUGAACACGCUGGUUGUGUCGACAUUUGCUGGCGCCCUGGGGAUUAUUAACAGCACAAUGCUGAUUAUUGCAGCUACCAUAUACGGAAUCUCGUGGGGCAUCAUGCCAACGCUGCAUCCGGUGGUUGCUGCAGAUCUGUAUGGCUCAGAGCGCCUGAACAACACGCUGGGAGUCAUUUACUUUGGCUACGCUGUGGCUACCCUGCCAUGCUGGAUACCAUUGGAAACAAAACCGACUACUUCGAGCAUGAUCAUUUACUGCUCGGUGCAGCUUCUCUGCUCGGCAUUAGCGAUGUUGGCGCUGCGACUGCUGAUCUCGAAAAAGUUCCUCUACAAGUGCUAGGCUAGGGACUCCUUAUCUGAUUUAGCAGCUUGGCAAGUAGCUAUUGUCUGCAUUAAUAUAUUGUUUUGUGUGUGGGCAAA